CGCUUCUCGCUUUAUCCUUGCUCCGGAGUCCUCCCGCAUAUUUUCUCAUGGAAACCCCUUAUCCAACUGUCGAGAACCUCACCUCCACUCUUCCCACCGGCGACUCUACUGAACCUCACAGCGCUCUGUUCCUCGUCCUUGGCUAUCUCCGGCUGCCAGAGCUCCUCGCAUUUCGGCAAGUGUGCAGGGCUUUCAGGGAUGAGAUCGCCGCCGACGAGACGCUGUGGCGCCACAUCACCGUCGAGCCACCGCUAAGCCUCCGGCUCUGUGACGAAAAACUUUUUUGGAUUACAUCCUUUGCGAGGGGAAAUUUGAAGUCGUUAGCGUUGACGCGUUGCUGGCGGAUCACUGACACCGGUCUGCUGCAAGUUGUUGAUCAAAACCCUUACAUUACGAAGAGGACAAUGAAGAACAGGUGGAGCCAAUGUAGAGGUUGCUUCUUCUGCAUCGCGAGGUGCAAGGAAUGCGGAGGCUGCCUGGAUGAAGAGGAGCUCGGAGAGGGUACAACAUGCUCACAUGUCUUGUGUGCUGGUUGCUGGCUUCAGCUUCCAAAAUGCAGCACAUGUAACAGGCCAUGCUGCAGGGAAGACAUGAAUGUUCAAGGAAGCCCUCAGUUGAAGAAGAUUGAAAAUUUUUGGAAGUUGAAGUGCCAUCACAACAAUGCCACCAUCAGUGCUGCAACACCACGUUCAAGCUGUUCCCAAUAUAAUUCUCGAAAGCAGAGUGUCAAUGUUAUCGUAAAAUGUAAUAACUAGAAACAAAUUAAAAUAAAAAAAGAAAAUCGAUUUUAUUUCAUCUGGGACAAUUCGAAUCAAUAGUUGUUUCAAUUAAGUUCUUAAGUAUUGAACAUUUUGUUCCAAAUGGAGGGAGUGAAUUAAAGUGUGAUUGAAGGACAAAGAUGGAGAUGGAAGAAUAAGAGUAUCCAGAGCCGGAGAAGUCAUGUGAUUAUCUUACCAGAGAUUCGAUUCCAAUUGGAAUGUUGAGAGCCCCGACAUGAAG